AUAAUCAACCCAGAUCUUGACUGGAACAAACAGUCGAAUUUGUUACUGUGGAGGGAGUUCUUCUCGCGCCUGGUUGCGUGAAAAUCGCUUCACGAGCACACAGCGGCAGUAUUCUCAAUCAUCACCGUGUAUCAUCGGCGGGUGCAGUUGGAGGCCACGACAAAGUUCGGUUUGGCGACAUGGUUAGCUAGAAAGAGAGAGAGAGAGAGAGUCAACUAACCCUCCAUGAUCCUAAUUCCAAGGCGUAAUCGACGGCACUGGCAAAUGCCCUCCCAUCUUUUCCCUCCUCCUGUUCCUGUUCCUGUGUCUGUAUGACUGUAUAUAACAAAGCGAGGCUUCUCAUUGUUGCCCUUGUGUUGUGCCAGCCUACCACCCCACUCACUGCCAGGGAGAGAGAGGAAGAACAAGAGCACCGCGAGCAGCUCGGUCUGGGCGGCUGGGCUGCGGCAUCGCCGUCGCGGUCGAUCUGCCGUCUUGCAAGCAUCCCGAUGGAGGUGGAGUCGGCCAAGUGCGAGUGCUGCGGCCUGCGCGAGGACUGCACCCGGGAGUACAUCGCCGCCGUCAAGGCGGGCUUCGGCGGCCGCUGGCUCUGCGGGCUGUGCACGGAGGCCGUGCGCGACGAGGUGGCCGCCAAGAAGCGGGGCGACCUGGAGGGCGCCCUCAGGGACCACAUGUCCUUCUGCGCCAAGUUCGGCAAGAAGGGCCCCGCGUUCCGCGUUGCCGACGGCAUGCGCCAGAUGCUGCGCAGGCGAUCCAGCGACAUCUCCGCAUCCGCCGCCGCCGCCGCUGCCUCCUCCUCCGCAGCCGCCUCAUGACGAUGAUUGCCAUAUAGACGUGCGAUGGAAGCUGAUUUAAGCUAGGGGACAGUUGAUGUCUUGGCUCGGGAGAAAUGGCUAGUUGCGCAUUUGUCACUGUGCUGCCUGGUUGCAGGUCUGUGUGCCGGCCAUUCACACACACACACUGACGCCUUACUUCUCAGGCCGGCCUAGACUAGAAGAAGGCGGAUUCGUUCCAUCUCGAGCUAGGCGUACGUUGGAGGAGUUUUGGUACAAGGAGAGCUUGUACAACCUGAACCGCAAUCGCAAUGUAUCAUUCAUAAUCCCUUGGUCAUACCAUGAAUUUUAUUUAUUUUAUCUGCAUUCUAUAUUGAUA